AAGUACUGGGCUGAUACCUUUGGUGAGGAUUUAUAUAACAUUGUCACAAAGUAUUCUGGCUCUCUCUUAUUGCAGAAGAAGUAUAAAGAUGUGGAGCCAACUCUGAAGAUCAAAGAGGUGGAUGGCUUGGAGUUGGUGAAAAAGUUCUCUGAAGAGAUGGAAAACAUGCUGCGGAGAAAAGUAGAAGCUGUUGAGCGGUUGGUUGAAGCAGCAGAGGAUGCAGAUCUGUAUCAUGAAUUCAACUCCUCAUUGGUGUUUGAUUAUUACAACGCUGUUCUCAUUAAUGAAAAGGAUGAGAAAGAUAAUUAUGUGGAGCUUGGUGAUGAAUUCAUUCUGGAACCAAAUGAGCAUUUCAAUAACCUGCUGGUAAAUACAACAUACAGUGACAUACAGCUUCCAACAAAUGUCUACAACAAAGACCCUGAUAUUUUGAAUGGGGUUUAUAUGUCUGAAGCAUUGAAUCCUGUGUUUGUGGACAAUUUUGAAAGAGAUCCAACUCUCACUUGGCAGUACUUUGGAAGCUCAACUGGAUUCUUCAGGCUUUAUCCAGGGAUCAAGUGGACACCUGAUGAAAAUGGAGUCCUCUCCUUUGAUUGCAGAAAUCGAGGCUGGUACAUCCAGGCAGCUACAUCACCUAAAGAUAUUGUAAUUCUGGUGGACAUCAGUGGAAGCAUGAAGGGUCUCCUACUGACCAUUGCCAAACACACCAUUGUCACCAUUUUGGAUACACUGGGAGAAAAUGACUUCGUCAAUGUUAUCGCUUACAAUGACUAUGUUCAUUACAUCGAAUCCUGUUUUAAGGGGAUCCUGGUUCAAGCUGACAGAGAUAACAGAGAACACUUCAAGCAGCUGGUGGACGAGUUACAAGCAAAAGGUGUUGGGACAGUGAACAAAGCCCUGACGGAAGCCUUCAGAAUCCUGAGGGAGUUCAGAGAUGCUGGUCAAGGGGGCCUUUGUAACCAAGCCAUCAUGCUGAUCACUGACGGAGCUAUGGAAGAUUACAAAUAUGUCUUUGAAAAAUUCAACUGGCCGGAUCGUAAGGUCCGUGUUUUUACUUAUCUUAUUGGGAGGGAAGUCAGCUUUGCAAGUAAUGUGAAAUGGAUAGCCUGUAAUAAUAAAGGUUACUAUACACAGAUAUCCACUUUGGCUGACGUCCAGGAGAAUGUAAUGGAAUACCUGCAUGUACUCAGUCGACCAAUGGUUAUCAACCAUGAUCAUGACAUCAUAUGGACUGAAGCGUAUAUGGACAGUGCACUGCCACAAUCUGAGGAGGUAACAGCCUCUCAAAGCCUCUUGCUCAUGACAACGGUGGCUAUGCCAGUCUUCAGCAAGAAGAACGAAACGAGAUCUCAUGGUAUUCUCUUGGGCGUGGUAGGCUCUGAUGUCCCUCUGAGAGAACUUCUCAAGUUGGCUCCACGAUACAAGCUGGGUGUCCAUGGAUAUGCCUUUCUAAACACUAACAACGGCUACAUUCUAUCCCACCCAGACCUCCGACCAUUGUAUAAAGAAGGGAAGAAGCUGAAACCCAAACCAAACUAUAACAGUGUUGACCUUUCUGAGGUGGAAUGGGAAGACGUGGAUGAAACUCUGCGAACAGCAAUGAUCAAUGGAGAAACAGGUUAUCUCUCAAUGGAUGUGAAAGUGCCUGUGGACAAAGGGAAACGAGUUCUGUUCCUCACUAAUGACUAUUUCUUCACGGAUAUCAGUGGCACACCUUUUAGCUUGGGAGUUGUUCUGUCACGAGGAUAUGGUGAAUACAUCCUACUUGGGAACACUUCAGUGGAAGAAGGUUUGCAUGAUUUGCUGCAGCCAGACUUGACCUUGGCCGAUGAGUGGAUUUAUUGCAUUACUGAUAUUGAUCCAGAUCAUAGGAAGCUGAGCCAACUGGAGGCAGUAAUUCGUUUCCUCACAGGAGAAGAGCCUGACCUAGAAUGUGAUGAGGAAUUAGUUCAAGAAGUGCUCUUUGACGCUGUAGUAACAGCACCUAUGGAAGCUUAUUGGACCGCCUUGGCUCUCAGCCUCUCUGAUGAGACUGAAGGAGGAGUGGAGAUGGCCUUUAUGGGAACUCGGGCUGGACUUAUGAGGAGUGCCCUGUACAUGGGCUCCGAGAAACUUUCCAAUGGGAAGUUCUUGACCCGUGCAGAUAAGGAGAGCAUUUUCACCAUGGACCACUUCCCUCUUUGGUACCGUCGAGCAGCUGAACAUCCCUCAGGGAGCUUCAUAUAUAGUAUUUCUUUUGAAGAUACUGCAGGUAUGAAUGAAAGCCACGUGGUAACAGUGAGCACAUCUGUGGCUGUGACUGUGGGUGGGAAGACAGGAAUCGCUGCAGCUGUGGGUGUGCAAAUUAAACUGGAAUUACUCCAGCGCAAGUUUUGGAUGACUACACAGCAGUGCAGUGCUGUGGAUGGCCUGUGCCCUUUGAACUGUCAGGAUGAUAAUUUGAACUGCUUCCUCAUUGAUAACAAUGGAUUCAUACUUGUUUCCAAAGUCUCCAAACAGACUGGAAAAUUUUUUGGGGAAGUGGAUGGCUCUGUUAUGGCCCAGCUCAUAAAUAUGGGAAUGUUCAGAGAGGUGAAAAUGUUUGAUUAUCAAGCCAUGUGUAAGACGCCCCACCACCACCACAGUGGUGCUCGUCCUCUUCUCAGUCCAGUGUAUGUCUUACUAGCAGCAGUAAAGUGGCUGAUAACUGACUUCCUCAUAUUUCUUUUGGAAUUUAACAUAUCUAGUUUCUGGCACACAGACAACUUGGCAGAUGCUCACAAGCAUAAGAAGCAUGACACGCUGCAACCCUGUGACACAGAAUAUCCGAUAUUUGUGUACGAACCUGCCAUCAAAGAGACCAACGGGAUCAUUGAAUGCAAAGACUGUCAGAAAAUGUUUGUGGUACAGCAAAUUACCAACAGCAACCUCCUGCUCCUGGUUACUGAUGCUGUCUGUGACUGCACCACCUUUCCACCUGUUCUGCUGCAACCUAAAGAAGUCAAAUAUAAUGCUUCAGUGAAAUGCGACAGAAUGCGCUCCCAGAAACUGAGACGGCGACCAGACACAUGCCAUGCAUUCCAUCCUGAGGAAAAUGCUCAGGACUGUGGAGGAGCUGCAGAGAUUUCAAGUUCAUUGACCUUACUCCUCCUUUCCCUGGGAGCCACAGCUCUCCUGCUUCGAUGACAAAAAUCUAUCAGAGUCCUUGCUUUGAGCCGGAGUGGUGCAUGGCCAAGUGUUUUAAAGAGGACCCUAUACUUGUGCUUAUGCAGAGCAGCA